GUGUGUGAUGGAUCCAGGCCUUCGAGAAAGGGCUCAGAUGCUGUUCCACCUGCUGCUGCGGUACACGACAGACAUGCUGGUUUGGGAAGAAACCUAUGAGCUAUCAGAGGAGCUGAAGCCAAAAGUGAAGGAAGACACCUACUUCUGUGUGCUCUACAACGAUGAACAUCACUCAUAUGAUCACGUCAUCUACACGCUUCAGCGCGCGAUCGCCUGUGACCAGAAUCAGGCCCAAAUCUACACUGCACUUAUUGACAAGGAAGGGCGGAAAGCAGUGAAGAGAGGUACUAUCAGAUCCUGUCAACAAGCCAAGGACAAUAUCAGGCGUAACUCAGAGCACAUUAUCCAGAUACCUUUGCGGGUGGAGAUUCUUCACACUGCUGUAAUGGCUCAUCAGAACUUCGCCCUCAGACUUGGCGCAUGGUUCCAGAAGAUCAUUGGCUACUUAGGUAGAUGAU